AUGGGGUCUUCAGCUGAGCCUGCAAAUUUGAAGAGUGCGAUUCAAGUCGUGAUGAUAAAUCAAGGACUUGAUAUAUCUAAUAAGAAGGAUAUACCGACAGAUCAUGAUGAAACAAUGAUUGAUGCUGAUUUUAACUUUGUACAUGACACACUUCCCAUGGAUACUCAGUCCAAGUCCAAGAAGAGGACUUUGGAGAAAAAGAAAGUAUCUAAAAGUAAAAUAAAUAAAUCAGAAGUAAAAGUGGAACGUAGUUCUGGUACAAGCCUAUGCAAUAUGGUUCAGAAUGAAGGGAAGGUAGUUGUGUAUGAGCCAAAUGAGGAAAAGCCGGUCGCGUACAAGCAGGAUGAUGGCAGAAUUCAUUUCACUGCGAUGUUGAAGGAAAGUGGAGUAGUAUUUGAAAGUAGCGCUAGCAAAAAUCCUUGCAAAUUUCGCCUAGGUGAUGAAAAAGUAAUGGAGGGUUUUAAUAUGGGCAUUGAUGGUAUGAAUGCAGAAUCUUGUUUUGGAGAACAAGAAUUGGGUACAAGUGUACCUCCAAACUCAUGGCUGGUGUAUGAGGUUGAAUUAGUUGGCGUGCAGCAUUAA